AUGAUUUGUGAGCUCCCGAAUGAAGGCAUGAUCACUCUCACUAAUGAGGAUGCGGAAGGCAUCACAUUACCGCACAAUGAUGCCUUAGUUAUCAUCGUGUUGAUCGAUCGCUGCCAUGUAAAGCGCGUAAUGGUCAAUCCGGGGAGUUCAACCAAUAAUAUCCGAUGGAAAGUGUUGGAAGAGAUGGGAUUACUAGAGAAAAUCAUUCCGACUGCAAGAACUCUUUCUGGUUUCAACACGUCCAGUGAAACUACCAAGGGAGAUAUCGACUUGCCCGUGAAAGCUGGAGGAGUCAUCAAAAUUACAAAGUUCUACAUGAUCGACGGUGAUAUGAGAUAUAUCGCAAUCUAUAGGAGACUUUGGAUCCAUGACAUGAAGGUUGUUCCAUUGAUUCUUCAUUUAUCGCUGAAGUUUCCCACUCCAGAAGGGAUCAAGAAGAUCAGGGAGGAGCAACCGACAUCAAAGGAAAUGUUAGCGAUUGAGGAACCCAAAGAAAAAAAAAUCAGCCGCAACCGACAAAUAGCAAUCACAUGA